AUUCCUCUUCUGCCAGCAGAAGUUGUUUGUGUGUGCAUAUCAAGGACGGCGUCAUGUGAUUUGGAAAGAUUUCAAAGCAGAAACCACACUGUGGUUAGGUUUAGUGCCGUUUAGCAGGUGAACUAAAUCCUUUGAUUGAUUCUGAGACAAGAGCGCAGGAUGAUUCAUCCAGAUAGAGGACGUCUCCCUCUUUGUUGCACCUUUCUCUUUUGUCUCCUCGGUAAGUCAGCCAGUGAGAAUGAUUAACAUUUGAAUACAUUUUGUUGUUACCACAUUACAAAAUUUUCCUCAUCGCCUGUUGUGCCUUCCAUCUUUUCAGGUUGUGUGUCUGCAGAUGGGAUCAUAGCCACAGUGGGAACAGAUGUUACUCUGAUUUGCAACUAUGAUGCCACUUACUAUGGCAAGCUGUCUGCAUGUUGGGGUCGAGGAGCCAUCCCUAGCAGAGGCUGUGCCGGUGAGGUGAUCAGGUCAGAUGGGUCAACAAUGGUCAGCAGGCUGUCAGAGCGUUACCUGUUUAUGGGUAACCUGGAGGAGGGGGACGUGUCAUUGACCAUCAGGCAGGUGGAGGAGAGCGACUCAGGGAUUUACGGCUGCCGAGUGGAGAUACCGGGCUGGUUCAAUGAUCACAAACACCAGCAGACUCUGACCGUAAUGCCAGGUGGGAUGAACAUGUUAUAAGAGACUAAAAGUGAGGGGACAAAAGAUGUCAGUACAUAAAUGUUUUGAUACAGACGUAAAGAUGAAAUAUUCCUACAUUUCAGAAUCACAUUGCUUUAUUAAUGACCAUCAAAUCAAUAAAAAAAUAAGUCACUUUCUUGUCUUAUCUUUUCAAGGAUGACUCUACUCAAGUUUUAGGUCUGGAUAUCAUUGAAGUUUGUUUUUGUGAUUCUUUGUAGUGCGCCCUAAUCCCAUAAAGGUGGAGAUUAGAGAGGUGAAAGAAAGAACUGUCACUGUGCGCUGGACUCACGUGUUUGAUGGCGGCAGACCUAUUACAACCUACAGAAUCGAUCUCAAAAACAAACAGGGUAAGCACAAAAAUCUUCAUAAAGGUCUGACAUUGGAUCUUUACACCCAUUAAAGACAAACUCUGAGCAUGUUUAAUGUCUGUAUUUCCUUCUGCGCAGCAUCCUGGGACACUGCAGUAAAAACUGAAGUCUACAAUCCCGAACUGACCCAGCUGACUUUGGUGGAUUUGCGUCCAGCAAAGACCUACAGUCUGCGCAUGUUUGCUCUCAACAGUGUGGGCAUGAGCGAGCCCAGCAAUGUUCUGACGAUCAUGACCAAAGAAGCAGGUAGAGACUGUCAUGAUUUUACCGAAGGACAGUGAAUAGUUCUGGGCUCUUAUGAGAAAUUUUUAGAUGAUAGUGAAAAAGAUUGAAAUGAGGACUAAUGUCUCGUAAUGACAUACAGAGGCAAACAAGACCAUUAGCAAGAGGAUAACAUUUAUUGUUUUGGAUCAGUGUUACUACAGCCAGUUGAUAAAAGUCAGAUGAGUUAGUCAACACCAAACACCAGAAAGCACCUCAGAGUAUUUAGAGAUCACACUCUGAAUGUUUGGGUUUUAAAUUUUUUUUUCCCUUCAGCACCAGAGGGUCCUCCCCUGGAUAUGCAACUUGAGCCUCUCAGUCCUUACAGCAUCAAAGUCAGCUGGAAGGUAAUGUCUUCAUUUUUCAAACCAUUAUUUCUUUCCCACAAACAGUCAAGUGCACUCUCUUAAGAAAGGCUACAGAAACCUCUCAUAGCAUUACUCCAAACAUGCUCUCGUGCAAAUCAGCCUGUAUCACUUAUAUUUUAAAAGACAGGCUGUGUUAAAUUCUUCCAUUCUUCGCUGCCUGAAGUGAGUUUGUUUUCUCUCAAUCAGCCCCCAAGACCUGAUCAAAGAAACGGCGUCCUUCGGAGCUAUAGCAUCAGCUACAGAGAGUACGACCCUGAUGGCAGACAAUUUAAAAGAUGGCAGCACUUGAGUGUGACAGCCACACGAGAGGUAGAGAGUGUUCUUCUGAGCAACCUGAAGCCUUCUGCCUUCUAUGGCGUACUGAUACAGGCCAAAACUAACGCCGGUAUUGGACCCGCCUCGACCGCCCCUCUCUGCUCCACUCUUAAUGAGGGUAAGCAGUGAACUGGGGAGAAGAUCUGAAAUAUGACUGAAAAUAUGAUCUGUAAUACCAUUAUUAAUCCAGUCAAACAUUUUUACUUGUGUUUUUAUUUUAUUUUUUUAGUUCAGAAAACUUCAACACCUUCAACGAUCAGGUCGACCUCCACUGCUGCUACAAGGACACAAGACAGUUCAAGUUUAAAUCCACGUAUGUGUUGUCAGUUAAAAAGCACAUGUGACUUAAUGAUUUUGCAUGUUGAAAGCAGUAAGAAUAAUUCUUCUUAUUAUAGACUGAAAAUGUUUUGUCAUUGUCCAAAGCUCACAGAACUUCAACAGCUGAGGUUGUAACAGCUGCUACAGUCUGGAGAGAAGAAACUACGACUGUCACAACAGGUCUUUUUUUUUUUUUUUUCACAAGAAUAGACUUUAAAUGUUUUUUUUUACACCCAUCGAUUUUAUGCCACUCUAUUUUAACUUCUAUUGCUACUUUAAAAAACUCUCUUCCUGCACAUGUCUGUUCAUGACCAAAUUAGAUUGUGCUGUGAUUCUGUCAGAUUUCUGAACUUCUUUCACUUGUGAACAUUAGUGCCACCGGACCCCCCAGUGGUUGAGAUAGUCGAGGUAAAAGGAGGUACAAUUUCUCUUUUAUGGACCCCUGGAUUUGAAGGUGACAGCCCCAUAACCGGCUUUUACCUGGAGUAUAAAGCAGCCAACGGUAAGAGAACAUUUUGAGAUAAAGUUAAGUUGUUGCAACUUCACUGUAACUCAACUGUGAAUGCAAAAUCUUUGAACUUUCCGACACUGAGGAAUAAUCUGUUUUACAGCCUCAUGGGAUUACAGGAAGACAGUUGUAGACUUCAGUCCUGACCAAACAGAGGCCACAAUAAUAGAAAUAAAUCCCUCGACCUACAACAUCCGCAUGUUCGCCAAGAGCAGUGUGGGCAUCAGUAAAGCUAGUAAUAUCCUCACCAUCACCACAGGAGAACCAGGUGAUGUUUUUAAUAUCAUCAUCCUUUUCUCACUGCAUCAAGUUGUUUUCCUUUUCAGUGUUACAGUGGGUUCAUUUACAAUUAUUUCCUUCUUGAUUUCAAGGAAAGCAGAAUUAGUGAUCACUUUUUUUCACACUCAUGUUUUCCGAAAAGCAACACUUUCAAAACUUCCUCUCUGUGGUUGUGCUUGACAGGUCACAAGAGUGAUGAUCGCCUUACCACCGUAUCUACUGACACUCAUGCUGCUGUAAGUCUAAAGCCAAGUAUUUUUAAUAACAACAGUGUGGGAGAAAGUGUUCAUUGUUUUCACUUCAGGUAACAUAACACAGCUGCGAAAAUGCUCUCUUAUAUUUAAAAGUGCUGCAUUUAAUAUGUUACCAGAGUAAGAGUAAUUUUACAAUAGCAAAGAGAGUAAGCGACUGUGAUUCAUCUUUUGUCCAACCAACUGGAUAAACCCCUGGAAUUCAAAAUAAACCUUUACAAUAAUAAAUAAUUUUAGAAAGUUAAAAAGCUCACAUUUGCACACUGAAACCUUUGAAAACUUUGUAGGAAAAAAAAAAGCUAAGCAAAACAAUCCCAAGCAAAAUAUUUUCUAUUUGCUAUUCGACUUAUUGACAGUUAAACUUUACUGUCAGUCUAAAUGUGUGAUCUUCUUUGUUGGUUUUAAACAAAAGCAAAACACAUUUUAUUGUAUUCUUGUUAGAUUUUAAUGGGAUCUUGAUGUAAAACUCUGUGUUUAGUGAAGGAUAUUACGUCAACUAAAUGAACAGAAUCAGAAUCCAGUUCAGAAAACUUGAUUUAUCCUGGGGGAGAAUUUAGUACAGACACUUUAAACCACUAAAUAACAACACAUAAAACUGUACAUUUACAUAAUACCAUGUUGAUAUAUCAGUGAUAACAUAAGGUUGCUAGAUUAGAUUAGAUGGACGUCUGGAUGCAUGUUCUCAGAUAGCAGUGUGGACCAGGUCAAACACAUCUCCAGUCCACUUUUAUGGAUUUAAAUAUAUCAUGACAGUAGGUGGCCUUUAGCUUACCCAUCAGUUGAAGAACAAUCUGUUUUAAUGUUGUGCUCCCUGGUGGUAAAACCUGCCAAUGCAACCUUUAUCUUCACAAGCCAAGAAGCUCUGUAACUUCUUCAGCAGAGGGUAAAAAUGAACUCAUUGAAUUUCCCUCUGCUAGGCCAGCACUGAUGAGGGUCAUAGUGGUGGUAAACUGGCUGCCAUCGUGUUGCCAGUGGUGCUCGUGGUGUUGAUUGUUGCCAUAGCGACUGCGUGGCAGCUUCGGCGUGAGUAUUCAUCAAAAUGGCAAAAUCUAAAAAAAAAAGCAUCCUUCUUCAGGUUAAAACUCAAACUGUUUGUUUACAGGAAUGAAACAGAAAAAUGGAAGUCUGAACAUGUGAGUGGUGGCAGUAUUUACCAUAUUUAUCCAAUGUGAAUAUAGACACAUAAAAUGUCUUACCAUAACUUUCUUACAUACAAACAGGUGGCGGCCUGGUGGCGUGCUACGUUACAAAGGAGCUGAGUCACUACAAGAGCUGUAAAACUCUGAGUUUCUGGGGUUUUUGGUAAAAAAUGUGUUUUUCUUGAGCCUGCUGUUUUAUCACAGGAAUAACUGUUCAGGUGUAAUUACAGGUUUGCAACAUGCCUAACUGUUGUGUUUGAAAAUCACAGUCUCAUCUUUGAAUUUUUGAGUCUAAUGUUGUCUUCUAGCAGCACUUUCUGUAUGAGCUUUGAAUCAUUUUUUUGCCUUUUUUUUCCCCUAACAGCUGAUGUCACUAAAGCUCAUGUGCCAAAACUGUGUGGUCUAAACAACCAAGGUUUUAUUAAAGAUGUUGAACUAACAGUAAUAUUGAUACUACCUCAAGUGCAAAAUAAUACCAAAAAACAUGAUUUUAGAUAGAGGAUUUUAUUUUUUGCAAAAUACCCACUGUUUCAAAUAGUAUACUGUCCACUAGAUCGAUUAAAUGACCAUUUGAUUCUCAUUUAAUAAGAUUUUUUGUAAUUGUGACUGAAUCUGUAAUCUUCUCAUAUCACAUCUGACAUUUUUGUGAAUAGCAAAUAUGACCCAGAGUAUUUUUUUUUCCAACAAAGCGUAUGAUUUUGGCUUGUUAAAGGUUUAAAUAAAUUUUAUUAUCAGAUGGUGAUCAACCAGCUGCAAGAGAUGUGGCUGUUUGGAAAUAUGCUGAAUGAAACUAGAAAGUGAAAAAAAAAAAAAACUGUCCAACAACUCACAUAGUUUAGCAGCUGAGACCUCAAACACAUGACUUACAGUCAUUCUUAAAUGUUAAGUGAAUUCAAAGUUAUUUUUGAAAAAAAGAGAUCCAGUCCUUUCUUUUAACAACACUUGCAGGGAUAAAUGACUUUUGUGUUUCAAACUGUUCGAUAAAAAGACAGUUUGUUAAAUCACCAUCACUACAACUGACCACUCCUCACUCAGCAGGCAUACUGAACAUCAUCAGUCUUAUUAAAUUGUGGAUCUAACCAUAACCAUCAUUUAUUAAAUUGUAGAUAUAAACUCUCAAAGUUAUUAGUUCAUUUAUUUUUAAAGAAAGAAUAAAACUGUUCAGUUUUAUUGCAAAAA